AUGGCGGCUGUCAAUCGGAAUAUGUUUGACGCCAGCGUUACGACAGACCGGCCGCGCGGAGCGUCGUUGAUGGUUCUACCGUUGAAUCUGAUCGCAUUCAUUAUCUCCCACUUGGAAGACCCCGGCGACCUUGCUCGCCUGUGUCGAACAUGCCGAGUCCUCAACUACAUGACGCUCCCGCAGCUGUACAAGAGCAUUACCCUGACGUCCUACGAUAGGAUCCGAUACCGUGGGGACCAGCCAGAAGGGAUGGGAAGCGCAAGCCCCUUCUCAAUGGGUCUUAACGCCAUUAUCACCCGUCCUUACGCAUCGCUAGUUCGGUCGCUGACGCUCCGGGGAAACUGGCGGGAGUCAGAGCUGGAAGAACAUGCGCGCAUUGGUCGGGUGACAGAUUCCUCCAUGAUGCUGAAUAUUGUGGUACGGGCGGCCAUCGACAAGAUGAAUGAGUUGGAAAGCUUCAGCUGGGACCUCAACACCAAGAUGCUGGAAACCGUCUACCUCGGACUGGCGCAACAACCUAAGUUGACAUCGCUGAGUAUACGAUUUCCCUCGAGCCGUCACCCUCGACCGACGAUCGUCAUACCCGCAAUGCCGCAUCUACGGCGCUUGAAAAUCACCGAUAUCGAUCCUCUUUGCUACCCAGACGACAUUUCAACUCUCCUUUGGAAGUGUAAGAAGUUACAAGAACUCAAUAUGCACUGGUCACCUCGAAUGAGAGAAGAGCAAGAGCCCAGCGUCAUGGUCCAUGACUACUUCCGCAAAUGCAUAUCGGCAAAGCAGCCUCUUCGAGUCAAGAAGAUAGGGCUUCAGAACUUGUAUGCCCUUCAUACCGAAGAGUUCAAUCUUGCAUUCGAUCAGACCAUGGUUGAAGAUGUCACCAUCCUUACUGAUACCAAAUCAGACGACUACAACUUCAUGAAUACGUUUGUUGACAGUACCUGGCCGAUUGCUCCGCCUCAUGUUGUCAGGAUCAAGAGCAUUAGACAGGAUCGUUUCAAUAGGAGGCAUGCGGACUUCCUGGGAAAUUUCACAGGAUUGGAAAGAUUGUAUUUCGUCAACGCAACGCCCAAUCCCAACGAUAUGAGAUCACCCAGACACUUGGAAUACCCGGCCCCCACGCCACCCUCUGUGGACCAUAAUCACCACAACCCAGGCAGUGCUCCAGCCUAUACUCCCGACACUACACCUUCCUGUUCUCCCGGAUUGCAGGCCGGCAUCCGUGAUGCCUACCUCAAUAAUAUAAUUAUAAACCACGCUGCAACUCUACGGCAUCUCUUGCUUCCUUCCUACUGGCCGCUCUCAUCAAAUACAAUUGCACGUAUUGUUCACUCUAGCCCACAACUUGAGCAGCUUUCUUUUGCAACAGAAUUCUCCAGCAUGGAUACACUAGGCUAUUACUCCCAUUCCUCCACUCCACGGCCACCGAAAGCGAGCUUGGGACUCUUAUCAUCACGUUCAGCCGACGAAGUAUUUACAUCCGCGCUAUCUCUUGCAGAUAUCGUGGAAGCCGACGACGACAUCCUCAUCGAAAAGUUCUCCGAAUCGCUAGCGGAUCCACAGGUAUUCAGUCAGCUGAGAUUUUUCGGUUUCGGCUGGAAAGCAUUCGAGCUUUUGGACUACUAUACAAUUCCCGCUGUCCCUCCCCCUGAGCGUACCGUUGAAUCGCAAUCACAAUCCCCAGCUGACCUAAUGGGCGAGGAGAUCAAUGGAUGUCGAGAGCCUUACCAGAAUGGGUUUUCACAGAAGGACGACGGAACAGCCGCCUCUUGUAUCUUGACUCCAGCCCCGGCUUCUCACACCCCGCCCACAGGCCCAGCACCGAGGACAAGCCAGGCUCCUUCGUUGCUAGGCAAACGAAGGCGAGAACAUGAUCUGAACCCAGGAGCGCCACCUAAGAAGGGAAUGUCGCGUGAAAGCCCUAUAGAACUAUCGGAUUUCAACCCUUGUCUGCCCACAACGCUCGCGAAUGGUCGUGUAUGGAGACGUCGGGUGCGACGCGUGGGCUGGGACACUGUCAAACGCUACGAGAUAUGGGGUUUGGACACGCAAGAAUUAUGA